AUGGCACGUCUUUCCACAAAAUUCUCUGAAAGUAUACGAAAGGUACAUCUAACGGCCACAAAUUUAAUCAUCCAGCCAAUUGUAAAACAUCAGAGUUUGCGUCUUUUAGAACCUAGUGACCUUGAGUCACCCGACUGCAUACGAGCUGUCAUAUCACCUUCCGGUUUACGAGUCAAUAUACUGACAAUUAAGCGCUAUGAAGAAGAGGAUGUAUCCGCUAUCUCAAAAGAGUUCAAGGCAUUUUUUGAUAUGGAUUCAUCAAAGAUGUCUGGAACAAAUGAAUCAUAUUUACCUCCUUUAGUGCAAAUAUCAAUAACGCAAGAUGCAGUUACCAAAGAAUUUCCUUACCCUUCACAAUGUAUAUAUGUUGUUACUGAGGGUAAUAUAAGCUAUCAACGUGGAAUUUCUGAUUUCGGAAUGGGACCUGUAUUAUGGAGUAAUUUGGAUG